AUGAAUCUUCCAAUUCAAGAAUUGAAGAGCAGAACCCCAACACAUAUAAGCCUUGGAGAUAUAGUCCAAUAUAGAUCUAAAAAUGGGGGAGACGCGAUACUCCGUGGAAGAAUAAAAAAAAUGUAUGGGGAAAUAUAUUAUGAUGUAUUCGCUAUAGACUAUGGCUUCAUUGAUCUACAAGUAACUGUUAAAAACAUAUGGACUUGUUCUUUCACCUAUCCACCAUUAGCCUAUCCAUGUAGACUUUGCAAUAUAGCACCACUUAAUAGAGAUCGGACAUGGUCAGCAACUGUUAGUAAGGCAAUGAAGGAUGUUGUUGGUAAUAAUAAUGUUCUUAUGAUUUUUAGAGGCCGUGACUUAAGUGGCAUAAAUAAAGUAAAUAUUAAUAUUGUGCCCCAGGAUCUAGCUACUAUGUUAAUCUUGGCUGGUAUAGCCAUCAUUUGUGCCGACUUAUAG